UAAACCCCCUGAUUCACAAAAACCCUCCCGUCCAUCUUCAACGACGGAGCUCUGCACUCAACUCACAGAGCGGAAAUGGCCAAGUGGUGGCGGGGCCUAACAACUAAGGUGCCUCACUGCGCUACAUCCUUAACGCCCUCACCUCCACUAUUCUCUCGAGCUUGUGCGUAUCACACGAUCCAAGCGAUCCCUCGCGAGCUACGAGGAAGCGGAGUAUCUGCCAAGGACCGAGUUCAGGGUCGGAUCCCGGCUGUUGUAUUUUCUCAGAGCCUCCUCGAUAAAGACCCGGCAAACCGAUUCGCUUCUAGGAAGCAGCUGCUGACAACAGAGAAAGAUCAGAUUCAGUCCAUAAUCAAGUCUGUACAACUUCCCUUCUUCUGCUCCACGACUUUCCCGCUCCAGAUCCGCGCCGGUUCCGGGUCGUCUGUACUACUUGAAUCCGGCAGAGUCCUCCCCAUCAAGAUUCACAGGAAUGAAGAAACCGGGAAGAUAUUGAAUUUGGUUUUUGUAUGGGCCGAUGAGGGAACGGAAUUGAAGGUUGACGUUCCUGUAAUUUUCAAAGGAAUAGAUAAAUCUCCAGGUCUCAGUAAAGUAACAGGGGGCUACUUGAAUAAGAUAAGAACUACCCUGAAGUAUCUUUGUCCUGCUGAACACAUUCCUCCGAAAAUUGAGGUGGAUGUGAGCAAUCUUGAUAUUGGAGACAGGGUGUUCAUGAGUGACAUUGAGGUUCAUCCUUCCCUGAGGCUUCUAAGUAAGAAUAACAGCAUUCCAAUUUGUAAGGUGGCAGCCACCAAUUUGGAAGCCUCAAAACCUGAAAAACACGAUGGUGCGGAAGAUGGAAUCUCUGAGUAGCUCCAAAAAUUUGACAGAGCAUGAUUCAAAGAAGUAGAAAUAAAUCUUUCUUUUGGUUGUGUAGAAAAUUUUUUGUUUUGAAGGUGGUGUUUAGUGAUUCGCAAGUAGAUAAUACUUUUUCUCAUUGCGAUGACUUGGAACAAGUGGGGUUCUUGAACACUGUUUGCAGGUAUGAUCGCAGCAUUACUACAUUUGUUUUGUAGUAGUAGUCCCUUAAAAACCCCACGGGUGGAGUUGGUUUGAAUUGAAAGGUGGUUGUUGACUAGGAGAA